AUGGAGAGCUCGCCAGUGCUGCCUCCCGGCGCUUCAAUGCAGAGCCCAACGCCGCUGCAAUAUAGCACUUGCCGGCGCUCCCGGCGCUGCAAUGGAGCGCUCACCGGAAGUCUCGCAGCUGCGAUGCAUCUCGCCGGAGCUGUAAUGGAGCGCUCGCCGGCGCUCCCUCCUGGCGCUGCAAUGGAGAGCUCACCGGUGCUGCAAUGGAGUGUUCAUCCAAAGUCUCAGAACUGCGAUGAAUAUCGCCGGAGCUGCAAUGGAGUGCUCGUCAGCGCUCCCUCCCAGCGCUGCAAUGGAGAGCUCACCACCGCUGCAAUGGAGCGUUCUCAUAAUGAUAUCAGCGUGCUGCAACGUUCUCCAGUUUUCGCAAGGCUUGCAGAAAGCCACUCCCCACCUGUCAACUUUGAGAUCAACGGCCACCAGUACAACAAGGGAUACUACCUAGCUGAUGGUAUAUAUCCUCAGUGGUCAACUUUUCAGCCGUCCGAUGAUGUUGAUGAUGAUGUCACGCAGGAUAUCCCGUCGCUUUGCAAGUUCACCUCGGAGACUUGCCUCGGCCCCUUCCGCCGCCUCCUCACCAAGCUCAAUGAUGCGGCCUCCAUAGGGGACCACCCAAUCGUGACUUGCAUCGUCUCGGACCUCACCAUGUGUUUCGCCAUGGAUGCUGCCAAAGAGCUAGACGUCCCCUAUGUUCAGCUUUGGACGGCCAACACCGUUAGCUAUCUCGGAUUCCGUUAUUUCCGUCUCCUCAUUGACCGUGGCAUCGUCCCACUUCAAGAUGAGAAACAGCUUACGGAUGGAUACCUUGACACCCCACUGGAGGAUCUACCGGGGCUGAGGAACAUGAGGCUCAGGGACUUCCCGAGCUUCAUCAUGAACCCAGAUGACUACAUGGUGGUCUUCAUCAUGAACCCAGAUGACUACAUGGUAGUGUAUGCCAUCCAAGUAACCGAGAGUGCGGCCGGGGCUUCCGCCGUAAUCGUCAACAGCUUUGACGACUUCGAGGGCGAGGCGGUGGGGGCCAUGGAAGCGCUCCUUGGCGGACCCAAGGUCUACACGAUCGGCCCGCUCAAUCUGCUAGCCCCGUGCUCGACAGGCACCAUCGGUAGCCUCAGCCUGUGGAAGGAGCAGGAGGAGUGCAUGCAAUGGCUCCACGACAAGGAGCCCGCCUCCGUCGUCUACGUAAACUUUGGAAGCAUCAUGGUCAUGACCAAGGAGCAGCUCCAGGAGUUCGCGUGGGGGCUUGCGAAUAGCGGCAGGCAGUUCAUGUGGAUCAUCCAGCGUGAUCUCGUCAGGGGCGACGCGGCGGUGCUUCCUCCUGAGUUCCUGGCAGAGACGGCAGGCCGCGGGUUCAUGGCGUCCUGGUGCCCGCAGCAGGAGGUGCUGAACCAUCCGGCUGUAGGCGUGUUUUUGACACACAACGGCUGGAACUCGACAAUGGAUAGCAUGUGCGGCGGUGUGCCAGUCAUCAGUUGGCCCUUCUUCUCGGACCAGCUUACCAACUGUCGGUAUCAAUGCAACGAGUGGGGCGUCGGCAUGGAGAUCGAUAACAACGUCCAGCGCAACGCCGUCACAGGCCUUAUCACAGAACUCAUGCAGGGUGAGAGUGGAAAGAAAAUGAGGAAGAGGGCCGAGGAAUGGCGGGAGAAGGCAAUCUUGGCGGCCAAGCCCCGUGGUUCGUCUCACCGCAAUUUCAAAGAGCUCCUCUGCGAUGUACUUUUGCCUAAGAAAUAG